AUGGAAUCGAUGGAGUUAAAUGUUGUGUCUCUGCAAGAUCUGUGUCUUUUGACGGUUAGGAAUYAUCUCUCUUUUUCCAAUGUUUGGUCCAUUUAUAGACUUGUACCCUAUGUACAUUGUCCAAGAAUCCAGCACAUCGUCUACUCGUUUAUUUGUGAAAAUUUCAUGGAUAUUUCUCACACCGAUCAGUUUUUGGCUUUGGAUGAGGAAGAAAUGUACUGGGUGCUCGAUAAUCAAGAUAUCAAAGUAUCGGAAGCAGCCAUGUUAAACAGCUUAGGUCGAUGGURUAAGCACARCGAGAGACAACGAGAGAGUUCUUUUAAAAGGCUUCUUGAUAAGAUACAUUGGAGUGUCGUUGGAGAAAAUGCAUUGUUGGAAAUAUCCAGAAAAUAUCAGUUCCCUAAAGAUGUCGUUGGACUGCGUAGAUAUUUACAAAGAAAACUUCUUCCUCGUUUUUCCCGUGCUAAUUUUGAUGACUUGAUAUUCCAAGAGAAUCUCUCCAAUGUUGCUGUACUGGGAUUCCGAGAAGUGGUGACAACUCCAAGGAAUCAGCUUAAAAAUACAGAYAUUUUUGCUUUGUGGUUACCUGUUGAUUCCAUAAUAUUUGCUAUGAAGUACCWAAUUUGUGAUGCAGAUGAUGAAGAGAUUAUGUUGAAGAAAGUAAUUCCAUCGCAUGGUGAUGUUGUAUUUGCUUUUGGAACAAAAACGACAAACGGAAGGAGUAAUGGGAGUUACACAGAGACUUCAAUAAAUGUAAAAUUGAAUUACCACACAGGAACUGCUACAUAUUGUUCACCUCUUGUCCACUCUCUGUAUCCAAAUACUUUGUGCAUCCAUAGUGGAAUUUUUAUAUACUUUAUCGGAGGUGAGAAAGAGCUUGGAAAUUAUACACAAAACAUGUAUCGAUAUGAUAUUGUGAGAGACAAGUGGGCGGAAAUGAAGCCAACCAUAUAUGGUCACUCCACUCAAAAAGACUGUGCUGCAUUUUACAAGGAGAGAUACCUAUAUGUGUUUGGUAAAURCUCCAGUGAGACAUACGACACAUGGACAAAUACAUGGACCUCGUUAGAAACCCCUUUAGAUAGGUUUAGUAAUCCCGGAGAUGCAAAAUCAACCCCAUGUGCUGCUGUAUUGAAUGAUGAGAUUUUUAUUUUUGACAUCUAYGUAAAGUUUGUGUUCAAUCCAAGUACCAAUAAGUGGAGGCCCAUGUUUCSUCAUCUCAAUGAUGUAGCAGAAUCGUGUUUUGGUCGUAUCUUUUUGUUAUAUCAUAUUAAGCAUUGUUUUCAGAUAACCAUGCCUUUAUGUAUGAUGAACAGUGACUGUAGAGUUGGGUGUUAUAACAAGAAGUUAGGUUUUAUGAAGCCUUCAUUAUUUCCUUACACUUMUUAUCCUCAUAUUACAGUAAUGAGUAGAAGAACACGCACACAAGUGUACCAGGGCAAAUAUGUUCAACAUAUAUCAAAGCCCACCAAUGGAUAACUGGAAAGUUAAACAUUGAUAGGAAGAAUAAAAAACUAAGCCUGAGUGGGGAGGAGGUGRAGAGAGGUCWGAUAUGUUUAUAGUGACUGAUUGAUUCCUUGACGCAAAAUGUCUUUUUUUAGCUGUGUUCUGAAUAAUKUUUAAAAGUAUACAUACAUUGUAGGGGUUUGAGUGAAUAGAAAUAGUAUAAAUACUUCAAGCUUCAAACAUAAUUAAUGUUAAUAACAACCACAGUAAAUUAUGAAUAUUUCAUAUAAAAAAGAAUAAAUAUUUCCUUGGGCUUCCUGUGGUGAAAAAUGAA